CAAACGACAGUUCGCACGAUUUCACCCCAAGUUGGUUCGGCCCCAUAUCCGGACAUACGGUGCCCGAUUUGCGGAAUUUUUUGUAGAAGCAACACGGCGACAGGUGUCAGCUCCGUGACACUGGCGCAAUGCUGUCGCGCGUGCGAAGUGCUGUGUCGACGGGCUCUCCGUCCCCGGCGGCCACUGUGCGAGCGGCGCCAAUUCAGCAUACCCUUGGUCCGACGGAAAAGCGCACGUGCUACAAGUACAUUCAGUCGCGGCACCAGUCGGCGCUCGAGUUUUCGUCGCCCGCCGUCGUGCGUGACUUCGUCAAGACCAAGAACGGCGUCGACGUGUUCGAGUCGCGGCUCACAUGGCAGGACAUUCGGGCCGUCACACGCAUCAACGGCACGGUCAAGGACGUCAUGGCGUUGCUAUGCGCCAACGACACCGACACGUUCGCUGCAUGUCAAAAGACAAUCCUUGGGGACGAGUUCGUCGCAGCCAAGGUGCUCGACACAUGCCUCUCGGACGCCAAGCACGACAGUUCGCACUACCACUGCGGGCUCAAGUGGCUCGCCAUCAUGGUCGAUAGCGACCAAGUCCAGCCCAAGAUAUUCGACGUCGUCUUUCUCGACUAUACCGACGUGUGCCACACCACCGAGAAGCAGUGGAUGGGUUACCGCAUCGUCGAAUCGAUCCGUGUAGUGGGGUGUCCGCCGCUUCCUGGGUGCACCAGGGCAUCCAUUCGAAGCGAGGUAUACGUCGUCAUGGAUACGUCGACCCGAGGCGUCGUCGAAGUCACGUACGCGGCGCACAUGGACUGGAAGAUGCCUGGGAAACCAAAGAUGGACGGCCUGGCUGACGCCGUCAUCCAGCGCCUUACCAACAUGCGGAUACAUUGCGAAAACGAACGGCUGAAGAAGCUCGAAAUUAUAAAUCCCGUCGACUGGGUCCACAACACCGCACGCUCCAAGUGCGCCAUUUGCGACGUCGCGUUCCACUUCAUCCUGCGCAAGAGGCAUCACUGCCGCAUGUGUGGCGAAGUCAUCUGUCGCAAGUGCAACACCAAAAUAGAUGUCCCCAUCGGCCUCGGCGCCAAGCAGCUCCGGGUGCGCGUGUGCGUCCACUGCCUCGUCAAGUGCCGAGAGACCCAGACAGAACUCCUCCAACGGCCAUCCGCCCAGCCCGCCACCAGGAACCGCGAGCAAACGUUCUUGUGUCCCGGUUGCUAAUGCUGCAUGGGAUAUCAUUGCGGUCCUUUACCAUCGCGGCUAGGAUGGCAAGGGCGAUCUUUCAACUCGAGCGCUCUCAUUGAAUGCACUAGUCAUACACUGUGCACUACAGACUCUCAGUCAGACCGUGGUGGUAGCUUCCAUGUGUGUCGGUGGAGGCCAGGGAACACCAUCAUAUCUGAAG